AUGGAAGCUACGGUUUCAUAUAGCAAAGUUGCACUUGCAAUCAUUAUUGCAAUCAUUACAAUAUCAUGCGGCCUCUUAUGUUUGAUCGCCUAUCCUGCAAUGGCGUGCCCGCUAACCGAAAGAAAUGUUCUCCUGGAUUUUAAGGCAGAUCUUGCAGAUGAGGAUAAAAGGCUUAGUUCCUGGCACGGAUUGAAUUGCUGCACUUGGAGUGGAGUUGGCUGUAACUUCGGCACAGGCCAUGUUUCUCUACUCGAUUUGAAUGGAUACAAUUUGAAGGGUGACAUCCAUUCAUCGCUGUUUGAGCUUGCAGAGUUAGAGCACCUCGAUCUCAGUGAUAACUACUUUCAAGGUAACAUCACUCCCCAUAUUGGAAUGUUGAAGAAACUCAGUUUUCUUGCUUUGUCAGAUGCUGGUGAUGCAAAUGAAUUUUAUGUGAGUUUGGAAAGCUUAUCAGAUCUAGUGAGCUUGGAAUACCUCGUUCUGGAUGGACUAAAUAUCUCUGUAGGCAAGGAGAGCGCCGAAGCUGUUGGCAGUCUACGGAACCUUCAACAACUCAGCAUGUCUGGGUGUGGGCUUAGCGGACCAAUUCCCAAUUCCCUUGUCAAACUCACUUCUCUCCUUCAUCUCGAUCUUUCAAGGAAUUCUUUGUUAGCCCAAAUACCUGCUUGGUUUGAAAAUGUGACUGCCCACUUGCUCUCACUUGAUCUUUCUGACAAUUACAAUCUUGGAGGAGACAUUUCUUUUAUUGGACAACAAAUUUCACCAUCACUGACUAGAAUUAUUCUUUCACGGACAGCUGUGGAGGGUGAAAUUCCAUCUGCUAUAGGGAACGUUUCAUCCUUGGAGAGUCUUCAUCUGUUCAAUACUAGAAUUGAAGGUAAAAUUCCUCUGUUCAUCGCCAAUCUCUCUAAACUUUUUUCUUUGGAUCUGUCCCACAACAACUUAAGAGGAUCAAUCCCACCUUCGUUGGGAUCACUUUCUUCCCUUUCAUAUCUUGACCUCAGUUACAACCAAUUUAAUGGACCAAUUCCACGCACAAUUUCAGAUCUUGUUAGCUUAAAACACCUUUGGCUGGACUCUAAUGGGUUAAGUGGUUCCAUAUCCCUUUCUCUCUUAGAUAAUCUAACUAGACUUGAAUAUCUGUUCCUUUCCAAUAAUCACCUAACCGUGAGUAGUGAUUCACCCUGGAUCCCACAGUUUAGAAACCUCCAGGCUCUGCGAUUAUCUUCCUGCAAUUUGGAUAGAAUUCCACCGUUUCUAGUAACCCAAUAUGGCAUGAUAGAGCUGGACCUAUCCGCUAACAGAAUUGCAACAGAUAUUCCGUCCUGGAUGUGGGACUUAACCAGUCUUUAUUAUUUGAACCUUAGCUGUAACCAAUUAACAGGUUCUCUGCCAUCUAGUCUAACAUCCAUGACUCUUAUGUAUCUGGAUUUGCACAAUAACAGCUUAGAAGGUCCUCUUCCUCUUCCUCCUGAUGCUCAUCUUUUGGACCUGUCGGGGAAUCAGUUUAAUGGUUCUAUUCCUGCUGAUAUGGGUGCAUAUCUUUCAAAUUCGUGGUAUUUAUCCUUGUCUAGGAAUAAUCUCAGUGGAGCCAUUCCAGAUUCUAUUUGCACUUCAGAUUUGCAGGUUCUUGACCUGUCAAGUAAUAUGCUGAGCAAUAUGAUUCCUCCCCAUUUGAUAAGGAAAUGUUCUUCUCUCAAUGUUCUAGAUUUGGCGGAAAAUCAUCUAGAAGGUAAAAUGCCAGCAGAAUGGGGCAACCUGAAAGAGAUUAAUACAUUGAAGCUCGCUGGUAAUAAGUUGAAAGGACUUCUUCCGUCUUCGCUUUCAAAAUGCCACACUCUGCAAUGUCCCACGCCAGGUGAUCGACCUUUCAAAUCUUCAAAUCUGGACCUUUCACACAACCGCCUUUCAGGACCUAUUCCGAGCAACCUUACAAACUUGCUUGCAAUGGUCAAUGAAUCACAGAGUAAUCCAAACCAUUUGGAAAAAUAUACUUUAGAUGGUGCAAUAUAUACAAAUAAAAUUGUAAUGUCGUGGAAAGGUGGGGAUGGUGAGUUUGUGAAAGUUCUUUUCAUUCUAAAAUGUAUUGAUCUUUCAAAUAACAAUUUAUCGGGGAACAUUCCUCUCAAAAUGGGAUCCCUUAAGGGCUUGAUAGCCCUUAACCUUUCAAGGAAUCAUCUCAGUGGCCCAAUCCCAAAAACAUUGGGAGACAUGGAUCAGCUAGAGUCUCUGGACCUCUCGAUAAACAGGUUGAAUGGCAAAAUUCCCUUGGAACUUCAGUUGCUGACUUAUUUGGAGUUCUUGAAUCUAUCUUACAACAUGCUUGAUGGAAAAGUACCCCACGGAGGGCAGUUUCUGACCUUUGGGGAGUCAUCCUACUUAGGCAAUCCGAAGCUAAGUGGGAUUCCAUUUACCAAUACAACAGUCUGCAACAACUCUUCUGGAUAUGACAACUGCACAAGUAUUGAGACAAUUGGUGUAGAAAAUUCAGAUGCUGAAAUGAAAGGGUGGGCCAUCGGACUUGGAUUGAGUUAUAGUUUGGGAUUCUCUAUUGUGAUUGGAAUAUUGUGUUUCAAUAACAGGAUAAGAAAGAGAGUCUUCAAUUUGUAUGAUGAUGUAGUUUUAGCUGUUGAUCGGUGUAUAACAGGGAAUAAGUGA